AUGACGAGUUCGACAAGAAGGCCAGCACGAGCGCUUUUCGCAACCGGCAGCAAAGAUUCCGACCUUGUUGUGCAGCUGGACAAGGAGAAAGAAAAGCAAACGGAUCUUACGGCGCAGAUCCACGAAGCAAGUCCCGAAAAGGACCCACCGGAUCCACUUCCAAAGACGCAAAAGAAACCGGACGAGAAGACCGUGGAGCCAGAGGUCUUGCCCACACCGCUGGAGGCCCGAAGUCAGCCCGAUUCCGAGAACAGGCUUCAUUCGCCGAAGAUCGGAGACCGCAUCAUGGUGCUGAAAGAAGCAUGGCUGGCACUCGUACUUCAGAAAAUCAAGACCAUGGAGGUCCGAGGUGCGCCAGCAGAGCCAGGUCCUAUUUGGCUAGCUUGCGCCGGGUCGAUCUAUGGAUCCGCCAAGAUCACGUCCUGCACCCCACUAUCUGCGGAAGAAUUCCAAACCGCCCGGCAUCAACACCGUCACUUGGGAGAUGAGCUGCCGUUCGCCAAUACGUUUGGACUCUGCUUGGACGACAUCCAACAACUGCCGAACCCCAUGAAGCACUACCGGCCGCCGACACAAGUCCCGCGCGCCACUUCGGAAAUUGGCCGGGCGCCUUACAAGGACACAAUGCCAGCAAAAUCAUCGAGAGCAUCGGGUUCACGAGCUGACAAUGCAUCCGCAUUCAAGACGUUGAAGAACCCGGUGACAUGGCACAUGAAAGAGCUGAACGACGGCACGCCGGUACCGAAGGUCUGGUCCCAGCUACGCUGGGGCUCCUGGACCGACGAUGCACAAGCCAAGUGGGAAGGAUUCGUGGGAUUCGUGGCCGAGACAAAGCGCGACGCACAGUUGUCCAGCGUGCGAAUCCCAAAUCUACGCCGCAGCCUCGCCGCAGCAAUCAAAGCGUAUCUGGUGUCAUUGCUCCGCUUCGGCACCACGUUAGCGCCAACAACCGUGGUAAAAGUCGAACUGCAGGGCGAGAAAAUCACCGUGACGGUCUCUCAAGGAUGUUUCGAAGCGAAGAAAGGCCCGAUGAAACGCAGGAAACAUGCAAUCAAGUCCGAGAAGUGA